AUGUCCUCCUACGCACCCCGCCAAACGGGCAACCACAACCACAACCACACACUCACCACAACCAGCACAUCCCUCCUCCGACACCCCUCCACCGGGGGCGCCACCACAUCGACAGCACUCUCCACGUCCAACACGCACUCACAGACACAUCUGCAGACACGCAUCGCCGCGAAACGCGCCGAGCUGGAGAAUCUACGGCAACUGCGCGACCUGAGCGGCGAACUGGCCUCGCAGCUCGCGGCGCUCGAGCAGAAACUCAGCACGCUGCGCGACGGCGCGCAGAGCGUGGCUCUCGUGCUCGCGAAUUGGGAUAAUGUGUUGCGCGCCAUUGGGAUGGCUGCUGUGAAAGUGCCGGUACCGAUGCCCGCAGAGCGGGAGAGUGAUUUGGAGGACGGUGACUCUUCUUCUCAAGACAAGAAUCCUGAAUUGCCUGUUCCACUUGUAAGAAUACCAGUCCAACAAAAGACGGAAGAUGGUGGGUGA